AUGGGUCUUUCUAUCGAGCAAAAGUAUAAUAUUUGUCUUAUGGCUGAAAAGCAUCCGAAAUGGACUCAGGCCGAAUUGGCGCAAUGGGCAUAUCAGGUUUAUCAGCUUCCAUCGAAGCCCUCUCAAGGAACGAUAUCUCGACUGUUGGCAAAAAAAAGCGAGUUCAUGAAUAGUAAGGAGCAUGAAAAGGAUUCCAAUAGGCUUCGACGUCCUAAUAACUUGUUGGUGCAUAAGAUUUUGCAAGAAUGGGUUUCUCAGUCCAUAUGGAACGGAAUCCCUGUCUCUUUACCCAUUAUACAGGAUACGGCUCAAUCUGUUUGGCAUAAGAUACCAGCUGAAUAUAGAGAGGGAAAGGGUUCGUUUAGUCACAAGUGGGUUGCCAAUUUUUUGUCACGAAUGAAUCUUUCAACUCAUAUAAUCGAACACGAUAUGCCGAAACAUCCUAAAGUCUGGUACUUUGACGAAAGAACUCUUUUGAAGCAAUUUAUUGCUCAAAUUCCGGAAGAUUCUCUAUUUACCUUGGAUGAAACAUUUCUUGCAUACAACCUUCCUUUAGAUUAUGCGCAGUAUGAAACUAAUAGUAUACAGAAGAGAUUAGAGGUAAUUACUGUCAUGCUUUGUGCAAACUUGAGUGGCACUGAAAAAAUGAACCCCUUGGUAAUAGGUAGAUACGAAAAUUACAACACUUUCAAAAAUUAUAUGGGGGAAGAUAGCCAUAUCGGUACUAAUGAUGUCCAUCUAGGUGAGAAAACAGGUAAGCGGUUUGGGAUUGUAUAUCAAAGUAACAGAAAAUCUUGGUUGACUAGUACUGUAUUCCAUGAUUGGUUGGUGGCAUUUGACAAAAGGUUAGUCUCAGAUAACAGAAAAAUUUGGAUUAUACUUGAUGAUUCAUGCUCUCACAGAAUUGUCAAUUUAAACCUUCAAAAUAUCCUGCUAAUUUACACGUCUGCUAAUUCAAGAUUUUUACCGUUCAAUUGGGGGGUAUUAGAAGAAUUUAAGGCAAGAUAUAGGGUACAACAAUACAAAGCCUUAAUUGAUCUCCAGAAAAAUAUUUCACAAAGUCUUACGGAUUUCAAACUACUCACAUAUGAACAAAGUUGUUUAACUAUGACAAAUGCAUUUAAAUUCAUUAAAAUUGCAUGGGAUGCUAUACCUAAAGAACGAAUCAAUUCUAACUGGAAGAAUUCUGGAAUUUUACCCUCUAGUUAUCUUCAUCAAGACAAGAUGAAACAUAACACAUUCAAGAAAAAUAAAGUUUUGGAAGCAAACCUCAAUGAUCUCUGCAACACUUAUAUGUGUAUGAAAAAGUGGGAUUAUUCAAUGCUUUUGAACUUGAAUAUUGAAAACAAAAAUAAAAGCUUCUUAAGUUUGGAAGAAAUUAUCGAAAGCUCUAUUGUUGAUCAGUGGGAACCAGAAACGAAUGACGAUGCUUUCUUACUUGAUGACAUGGAUGAUUUGUUCAAUUCUUUCAAUACCCCAUCAAUUAAACCAGUAAUUCCUUUAGAAAAUUCUGUGGUGCAGAACGGAUCAAAAUUGAUCUCCGAACAAUUACCGGCGAAUCCGUCAUUCCCAACCAUCGUACCAGGAAACAAUGAAAAUUCCGGUGUGAAAAUCUCAACAGUUAGUGAACUCAUUGAUAAUAACACCGAAGAUAUCUUUGGUAACAUGCUAGAUAACAAUUUCUUUCCUGAUGAUAUGUUGACUGGAAUAAACAAUGCUAUCUCUGAAAAAGCUAAUCCAGGAGCUGUUGAAACAAAUGUCUCACUACCUUCAGCUGAUGUAUCGGAAGAAUCAAACAAUAAUACACCCUAUUCAGAACAUGAAAACCAAACCGCUUUCAAUGCACCACCAAUUGUUACUUCUCAAAACUCAUCCUAUAAUACAAGAGAGCAACCUAGCUCAACAGUUUUGUCAAAUUAUGUGAAUGAAAUUCUCUCAAAUCCAACACCAGCUGGACUUGAUAAUGAAAAAUUGGUUAUUAUGACAACCUUACAAACGAAUCUCGAGCUUGCUAAGGCCAUGGGGACAAUUCUCAAGCAUUCAGAGGUCCAAGAAGUGGGCUUAUCUGAAGAUUCUUUGAGCGAGAUGAGAAAUGGAUACCAAAAUUGUAUAAAAAGAAUUUCUAAGGCCAAACAUUUUUUGAGCUCAAUAGAUAAAAAAAGACGACAGAAACAUAUCGAACAGCAGCUUUUGGGCUCACAUUCAGUGAGUCCUCAGGAUUCAAUAUCGUCAAUCAACAUAGACAAUUCAUUUUUCGAAAAUUUUGCUGAAAACGCUAGUUCAACUAGUUCAACAUAA